GCGCGCCUCAACAUCCGGGCAUCACCAUCUCCCGUCCUCGCCCUGUCCCCCCCAAUCCCCAUACUAACAGGAAGCGGAAGUGAAAAAGGCAGAGCUAGGCCGCCUCUUAGCAACGCGAGGGGAGUCACGUGACAAAACCAGCUGACUCAGGGUAGAGGAAGACUCAGUGGCUGGUGGUGUUGCAGCCACGAUUGCCCGGCCAGGGACCGGAGCCGAAUAGUCAUCGUCAAAAUGUCGGGCAAAGACCGAAUUGAGAUCUUUCCCUCGCGAAUGGCACAGACCAUCAUGAAGGCUCGGUUAAAAGGAGCACAGACAGGUCGAAACCUCCUGAAGAAAAAAUCUGAUGCCUUAACACUUCGAUUUCGACAGAUCCUUAAGAAGAUAAUAGAGACUAAAAUGUUGAUGGGUGAAGUGAUGAGAGAAGCUGCCUUUUCACUUGCUGAGGCCAAGUUCACAGCAGGGGACUUCAGCACCACAGUUAUCCAAAAUGUAAAUAAAGCCCAAGUGAAGAUUAGAGCAAAGAAAGAUAAUGUAGCAGGUGUUACUUUGCCAGUAUUUGAACAUUACCAUGAAGGAACUGACAGUUAUGAAUUGACUGGUUUAGCCAGAGGUGGGGAACAGUUGGCCAAACUGAAGAGGAAUUAUGCCAAAGCCGUGGAACUACUGGUGGAACUAGCUUCUCUGCAGACUUCCUUUGUUACUUUGGAUGAAGCUAUUAAGAUAACCAACAGGCGUGUAAAUGCCAUUGAACAUGUCAUCAUUCCCCGGAUUGAACGUACCCUUGCUUAUAUCAUCACAGAGCUGGAUGAGAGAGAGCGAGAAGAGUUCUAUAGGUUAAAGAAAAUACAGGAGAAGAAAAAGAUUCUCAAGGAAAAGUCCGAGAAGGACUUGGAGCAACGGAGGGCAGCUGGAGAGGUGAUGGAGCCUGCUAAUCUCCUGGCUGAAGAGAAGGAUGAGGAUCUCCUGUUUGAAUAAUCUUUCCUGCUCUGGUUCUUUCAGAAGCCCUAACAUGGCACCACUUUAAUUCACACUGUGUAGGUUUGGUAUGUGUGGCUAUUUGUUUUUUGGCUUAAGAAUUUCACUCGUCGUAAAAUUUCUCUAGAUGUCCCUUUGUGGGAUUACCUUUGCAAAAUCAUAAUUCAGCAACCAUUUAUCACUGAUGAGAUUUGUAGAACCUGCCCAGGAACUUGUAGAAUUUAUUCUGCAGAAGUGUCACUCUACUCCAUUUGUAUGUGUGCUACAGGUAUCUGCUUACCAAGCAUAUUAAGAACUCCCCCUUAGGAAACAGCAGUGGUCUCAGGCCAGCACGUGUAGGCCAGCUACUGCUGGAGCAGCCUUUGUUCCCACCUCCUUGCACACCUUGGCGCUGUUACCUGAGAUUGCUGCAGCCAGCCUUGUGUUACUUAUUGUGGUACUUCUCAAGCUUUAUGAAAACCUUCACUUAUUUUUUCCUUCAAUGGCAGGUCUCUGUCCUGUCUGUCAUGGGAACAGUUUUGCCAAUUCAGAUGUGACUAUGGUAUAAACAGUAAAAUGAUUUAAAAAUGA